CCGGAAGAGAAUUCUAUCUCGGUAAUGAAUCAGAUUAAAUUCGUUGAGCAAAGCCAGAACACAGUUGGGCGUACAUCAAUAUCGUCGUGUUGGAGUUUCUAUACGGAUCAUUUGUUACGGAUUAUAUUAUAUUGGCUGGUUUCACAUCCACACAAGCUCGUCAGGAGGAGGAAGAAGGUGCUAACAGCGGAAGACCAGGAUGACAACACUUAGACUCUUGACACCAAGGUCGCUCAAGAUGGCGUACUGGACAUGGGUCUGGCUGCUUACAACUAUCCUCGUACCAGGUAAGAUUGAUGCGGCAACACUUAGUGUCAAUGGAUCAACGUCCACCGCAGUCGCCUCAACGACAGAAAUUCGUCUAACAUGCAGGUAUACACUCUCGGCGAAUGAAAAUGCCACCAGGCUGAGCUGGAACGAUCCUAAAGGGACCGAAAUUUUGACAUGGAACAUCAACGUUUCGCCUGCAAGCAAAUCUCCGUGGACAAAAAGCGCCUCUCAAACAACUGCAACGGCGAUGCUGGCCCCUGCACACGUGACCAAGACGUCGGGAGGGACGUACACAUGCAAGUUAGCAUCUUCGUCGAGAAAUGUGACUGAAACAACGACGGUUACUAUACAAUAUAAACCAACCGUGACUCUUAACCCCACCGGUACCUACGACGUCAACCAAGGCAGCCAGCUGUUACUGACGUGCGCGGCACAGGCUGUACCUACGGCGACAAUUCAGUGGAUGAAAGGGUCAUCGACUCUCAGCGGGACGUCAGUGAAUAAGCCCAAGGCUGUCCGGGCUGAUGCAGGGACAUACAAAUGCACGGCGACUAACACCAUGAUCAGCGGAACAGGAAGUGCCACAGGAACAGUUGCCGUUACCAUAAACUACCUAGACAACCCGAGUAUGGCGAUGUCUGUAACUAACACUACAGUGAAGGAGAACCAAAGGGUGACCAUAACCUGCACAGUUAGCAGUGUUCCAACUGCUACCCUGACCAUAAGUGGACCAUCCAUCUCACAAACGACAACCAGCACAUCGGCCUCAACCACCUUCAGUGCCAGGUGUUCGAAUACAGGAACCUAUCUGUGUCGAGCAACUAAUGCGAAGGUUCAGCCAGCAAAGGUGGUCACGAAAACAUUGCGUGUAUUGUGUAAGCCACGACAGGGAGCAGGCAGUCAACAAAAUUUGACCAAGAGGGUGUCCGAAUCUGCGAUAUUCACCGCCAACGUCAUCGCCGAUCCUCCUCCUCAGUACACGUGGAAGAUCAAAGACCCAGAUACUGGUCUCGUUAGACAAAUACAGAACAAGUCUGGCCACGUUGAAAUAAUCAACAAUAAUUUGAGGUCAUCACUGAAAGUCACAGUAGAAAACGCCGACGACUACGCCCAAUAUAUCCUGGAGGUCAUGAACGUAGAAGGGGAGACAACUCUAAAUUAUUGGCUUCGUUCUCAAACUGUGCCGUUCAGGGUUCAAAACUUAGAAGAGGCUAACGUGACGACCGACUCCAUCACCGUACGCUGGACGUCGGCCUUCAACGGUGGUGCUAGGCAACAAUAUCACCUACAGUACCAGACCACGCUGGACAGAGAGAGGAGGGUCUGGACACAGAAGACAGCCAGAAUUGAAGACCCUGGUCGGAAGAACCUGGUGUACGCCACCAUAUCGGACAUCUAUCCUGGUAGAACCUACACCGUUAGAAUAUUCUCCAACAACACCUUUGGGAACAGUGAAUACUCCAACAGCAUCAACCUCACCACGUCAGUACCACAACAGUUGUCGGUCGGGGCUGGAAUAGGAAUAGGCAUUGCAGUAUCCAUCGUUUUAGUAGCACUAACCGUUGGCUGCCUAGUGCUGUACGUUAAAGUAGUUCGACCAAUGAGAGAUGAGGCACAGAAGAAAACUGGGCUAAAGAUCAACAACCCCGAAUACGACCCACAAUCGCUUGAAAAUCCAGGUAUGUCCAAUUAUGCUAACCUGGACAAAAACACCCGUGAGAAAGAUUCGCCGGAGAUGUAUGAUGACCUUACAGGCGCCCCCGUAUACCAGAACGUCGACCAUGCGCAGAAUAAUUCACCAGGUGCAGCCUCACCCGAGGUUUACAUGAACGUCCCUAGUUUGAAAGAAAAUGAAGAAGAACCUAAACACAAGAAAGAAAAAAAUAAGAAAAAGAAGCAAGGGAAAUCCAAAGACCAAACCGAGGGUCAUGUGAAUAAGGCCGCACAGGGAAAUGAUUCUGCGCAUGUCCAAAAUAGGCAUCGUCGACGUCAUAAACCGAGGCCGGAUGCUUACCAAAAUACUGAAAUACAAUCUUAUACAGAGGAACUCUACGCCAAUUCAUGAUCAACACUGGACGAGAAGAAGAUGCCAAUUUCUUUCAACGCAGAUGCCUGUAUUUUCAGUCAAUGUAACUAUGCAAUAAUAGAUUGACUGACAGUAUGCAAUACUUGACGUAUUAUGAACAUGUCAUAAUUCAUGAGCUGUCAGCAUGACAUACCAAAUGUCAGUAAUAGUGCAUGUAACAGUGGGUGUACUGUCCGUAUGCAAGAAUGAUUCAAAUGCCGGUAUGCAAGAACGUCUGUAAUGCCGGUAUGUAUUAAUGGAUGCAAUGCCGGUAUGUAUUAAUGGAUGUAAUGCCGGUAUGCAAGAACGGCUGUAAUGCUGGUAUGUAUUAAUGGAUGUUAUGCUGGUAUGUAUUAAUGGAUGUAAUGCCGGUAUGCAAGAAUGGCUGUAAUGCUGGUAUGUGUUAAUGGAUGUAAUGCCCCUCUGAUGCAAGCAUCUGCUU